AUGAAAAAUAUAAUUGCAGGCACGUUGACUACUCUACUAAUUGGUUUGGGUUUCUACUAAGUAAAUUUAGAUUCUGCUUCUGAUUUUGAAAGAUGGGCUUUGAAACAUGGCAAAAUUUAUUAUGGAGAUGAGAAAAUAUACAGAUAAACAAUUUAUUAUCAAAAUAAAUAAAUGAUUGAUUAACAUAACAAAAGAAAUGAUAUUACUUAUUAAAUGGCAGAAAAUCAAUUUAUGACUAUUACAAAUGAAGAAUUUAUUAGACUUUAUUUAAAUACUAAAUCAUCUGAAUAAUUAAAUAAUUAAGAUAAAGUUAAAAGAAACAAUAUACAUAAAUCUUCUGAACCAAUUAAUAAAGAAAAUAAAAAAUGGCCAAUUGAUUGGAGAUGCUAGUAAAUGGUAAUUCUAUGGUUCUGGUAUAUUUUCUGA